GCCAGCGUGCGCGCUGACCGUGCUUGCGCGCAAACCGAAGGCAUGAUCCUCAUCCGUGACUUGGACGAGGCGGCGGCCAUGCACCGACUGGUGGCCCUGAUGGAGGUCAAGAACGUUGGAGGUUCCGGCGACAGCAGCUUCCAGGGUGCGUGCUGCUACGGCUUGUUCUGGGGCACGCGCCUGGGGUCGCCUUACAAGCACAACACCUGCUGCCCGGCGCUGCUGCUGGAGGUGGUGGGCCCCGUGCUGCGUGUGUCGGCUCUCUACUGGGCGAGGACGGCGUACAUGCUUUCUGUGGCACAAGUCCUGGCGGCGACCAAGGCCGCCGUGACAGAGCUGGCGGCCUUCUACCGGCAGCCGCCUCCUGCCCUGCCGCCUGCCAUGCCUCCAGGCGUGGGCCUGCUCCCGUACCCGCUGCGGGAUUCGAACGGCCGGUACAGCAACGCGGUACCGGAGCCGGUCGGCCGCUUUGUGUACCGUGUUAACGCCCGCCGCGCCCGCCGCAGCAACAGCAACAGCAGCAGCAGCCGCAGUGGUCACAGCGUCAUUGUGAACAGCGGGAGCAGCGCCGGCGCCCGCAAGAGCGCCAGCGACAGCACCAGCGGCAUCACCAGCAGCGGUAGCACAGGCGCUGGCAUAAGUACUAGCUGCGCUAGCAGCGCCAGCGACAGCACCAGCGAGCGCGUGGUUGUGCGCUUCGUGAGGCGUUACGGCGCCGACGCACACCGCGCCUGGGCGGCGGCGGGGCUGGCGCCGGCUCUGUACGCGGUGCGACCGCUGGCUGGCGGCUGGCGGCUGCUCGAGAUGGAGCUGCUGUCGAAGGAGGCGGGCUGGGUCAACCUCGCCCAACUGGUGGUGGCGGCGGCGGACGCUGCCGCGGCGGCUGCUGCUGCUGCGCGUGGUGGCGGCGGCGGCGCAACGGCGGCGGCGGCGGCGGGAGGACUCGACGGCGCGAGCUGGGCGGCGGACGGAACAAUCCCGGCUGUGGCAGCUAUGCAGCGCGCGGUAGCGUCUGUGCGCGCGGCGCUGGACCGGGCUCACGCCGUGCAGUCGGCCAGGCGCGGCCGGGGCCCGGGGCGGGCCGUGGUGUUCGCGCACGGCGACGUGCGGCCGCAGAACAUUAUGGUGCGGCCGCAGGAAGGAGGCGGAGCCGGCCUCGGCGCUGGCAGCGGCAGCGAUGAAAGCAGUGCCGACGCUGGCGGCGGCGGCGUUGGCGGUGAAGGGUACGACGUGCGCUUCCUCGACUUCGAGUUUGCUGGCGCGGUCGGCGCCGCACGCUACCCGCCGUUCCUGAACACGGACGUCGUCUGGCCAGCCGGCGUGGAGUUCGACGCGCCGGUGCUGCAGGAGCACGACACCGCGCUGCUAUCCUUAAGCAUCGAGCAGCUGUGGCUGCGGGCGGUAAGCAGCAGCGGCGGCGUGCCUAAGCCGCCGCUGCUGCUCGCCGCCCGCAGCCAAAGCUGCUCGAUGCUUGAGAAUAGCAGCGCGUGUCGUGCUCCUAAGCCGCCGCCGCCGCCACAGUCGCCGCUGUGGUUGCCGCAGUGGCUCCCGCAAUGGCAGGGUUCCGGAACGGCAGCGUCUGCUGCUGCCGCUGCUGCAGCCAGCGCAGCCGCUGCCGAUGGAAAUGGCGUUGAGGCAAGGGAAGGCGGUAGCGCGCCCAGCACGAGCCGGCGAGGCAGCAGGCGGCGCGGUCAGCAGCAGCAGCAGCAGCAGCAGCAGCAGCAGCAGCAGCAGCGCGGCUCCCCGCCUGCUAGCAGCACGGCCAACGCUCCGGAGGCUGCGCCGAAGCCGCCAGAGCCCGCGGGACAGUCCUCACCGGCCAACCGCAGCGCGCCGCCUGGGCCGCCAGCAGUGGGUGAUGCCGGCCCGGCGGCUGCCGAGGGCACGGGCGGCCGCGGCCGCGGUCGGCCCCGUGGCCACAAGGGGCAGCAGCAGCAGCAGCAGGGCGGGCCUGCUGCCGGCCGAGGCAUGGGCGGCGGCGACCGCGGCCGCGGUGGCCGCGGCCCCAAGCCACUCGCGUGCUUCUGCGUGCGGGCGACGGCAGCCGCGGCGGCGCCGGCCGUUCCGGCGCGCGCCCUGGCGAGGCCGUUGGUCGCCCGCCCCCUGAGAGCUGCUGUGUGGCUGUAGACUGCGUCAGUGUUGCGGCUGGCAUCUUGCCUAACAGUGUGGCGUUUAAGUGGGCGUGCGAUAGGACAGUGGUAAGGCAGGUUGGUAAAGCCCCGUAGGGUGCAGCUGAUUCCCAGAACCCAACAGAUGGCACACAAUUGGCAGCGGCAGGUCAGGAGUGCGCGGCUUGUCGAACGCCGGAGUUACUGUACCGACGAGUUGCUGGCUGGCUGGAAGUUUGCUGACGCGCAUUCCUCACGCUCCGGGCGCCCGGCCAGGCGAUAGCUCCACACAGACACACCGCAACGCCACACUCGCGAUGCAGAGCCGCAUCGCACCUGCAGGAAGGUGACCAGCGUCCACGGAUGAGCGCUAGAGGCAAACGCAGAGAAAAUGCAAACGGAAUGCAGCAAAGCAAUGGCCAGGCGAUAGUGUGGCAAGCAGGGGCACAGACAGGGCGAGGCAACUGGAGGCAAGGCAGAAGAGGGCGCCCGAAUGUACGGAUGAGUGGCGGGCGAGUCGUAUGCAAUUGCGAGACGAACACAACCGGAGUGUGAGGAAGCGCCGCGGGUUGGAAAAGGGAAUGCCGCGGCUGAAGUUCGGGGCAGAGCUGUGUCGCGCGCCCUAAGGACCGAGGGCGGUUAUUAGGAGUCAGCGAUUGGUGCAGGAGGGGGGUUAGGAAACAAAAUGCCAGACCCCAUGCCCGUGCCCCAUGCCCCAAAAUCCCCUUGCGGAGUUGAGGGUGACGACCGGCCCCCCCAUCGGACAAAACCUUGCUGUUAA